AUGUCUGAAGAAAUUAUUCAAAAAACCGUCGACUUGAGCUUGGAAGACUCCACCGUUUUAUCAAACAAGGAGAACUUUGAAUCAAAGCACCCAUUGAAUACCAGAUGGACCUUGUGGUACACCAAGCCACCUGUGGACCAGAACGAGUCUUGGGGCGAUUUAUUGAAGCCAGUCAUCACCUUCUCUACCGUUGAGGAGUUCUGGGGUAUCUUCAACUCUAUUCCAGCUGCCACUGACUUGCCAAUCAAGUCUGACUACCACUUGUUCAGAGAGGGUGUCAAGCCAGAAUGGGAAGACGUUGCCAACGCCCGCGGUGGUAAGUGGGCCUUCCAGUUCAAGGACAAGAAGACCAACAUCAACGAAUUAUGGUUGAGAGCCUUGUUGUCUGUUAUUGGUGAGACCAUCGAAGACGACCAGAACGAGGUCAACGGUGUCGUGUUGAAUGUCAGAAAGCAAUUCUUCAGAGUUGGUUUGUGGACUAAGACCACCGACGAGGAGAAGUUGAAGCCAAUCGGUGCCAACUUGAAGAGAGUCUUGAAGUUGCCUGAAACUAGACAGGUUGAGUUCCUCUCCCACGAAGCCUCCAACCAGAGAGGCGCCAAGCCAUCUAUUUUGAUCUAA